AUGUGGGCAGAUUCAUGUGGGACGGUGCUUGGAGUACGCUAGUCUAUAAUUGCGACCGUGUACUCCUUCGGGAGGGAACACCAGAAUAAUAUUGGCGGUGUUAAAAUUGCUGGAGCGAAACUCGUAACCUGUCGCCCGGUGUUCUUUGUCCCUGGUCUAUAGUCCUCUCACUUCCCGGAUUAAACACAACUCCCCAUACCGCCCGCUGCACAGGCGCCGAGGCUGAAUUUGGCAGUUGCGUCACCUUUGACACAAACAAGAGAGAGCUACGGGUCCGCAACCGGGUAGGGGCGAUACCGGCCGGGUCUGGCAUGGGCUUUUUAGAUAAAGUAAUUGCACGCCUGAGACUGCGGCGCAAGAGUGCGAAUGUUCUUUGUUUGGGGCUGGACAAUAGCGGGAAGAGCACGAUCAUCGAUCGCUUGAAACCUGCCAGUGCACAAGUCCAAGAGAUAACACCGACAAUUGGAUUUAAUGUAGAGAAAUUCUCCACAGUCAGUUUGAACUUUACAGUGCUUGAUAUGUCAGGCCAGGGAAGAUACCGAUACCUCUGGGAACAGUACUACAAUGCGGAUAAGCAGAGGAUCAGCGUAGUGAAAGAAGAAUUAGAAAAUCUCCUUAUUCAUCCAGAUGUUAAACACAGACAAAUCCCCAUUCUUUUUUUGGCAAAUAAAAUCGAUCUGAAAGAUGUUAUGCCAUCAGACAUGCUCACCCAGAUAUUGAGACUUCAUAACAUCCAGAAAAAACGUUGGCAUCUAUGUCCCUGUAGUGCUCUGACAGGGGAGGGACUUCAAGAAGGAAUGGAAUGGCUGCAAGAUUGCAUCAUUGAAGAAAUGAAAAGGAAAUGAACAUCCAGGUUGAGCUAACUGAAGCUAGCAGAUGUGAUUGAAACUGAUAAAAUUGAAUAAACUCUUAUCUCAU